AUGUCUGAUGAGCAUUCCGAAAGUAGCGGCAAUGUAUCUGAGGCAAGUUUGUCCACAGAAGAAAGUUCAAACGGCGAAGAUUUUGGUGUUGUGUAUUUGCAUCCUGAUGGCAAUGCGCCAUUUCAAGAUGAACCUCUUGCCAUUGUUGGGCAAGAAUACAAAUUAAAUUUUGAAGAAGACAAGGACGGCAUUCCUGCACAAACACUAGAAGCAAAGUACACGAAGUUAAUUCCAGUAAACGAUUGGUGUAUGUGUAGUUUAUGCAGAGAUGAAUUGCUAGUUGGUGCACUGGAAUAUCGCUGCUGUCGAGAAGUUCUUUGUGCCAUAGGAAAGGCAGUUUUUGAUGGUUCUAUAAAACAAAUCUCCUGCAUAACACAACACAAAGAUUACGAGGCAAUGGUAAACGCAGCAGUAUUGACUAUGGUUGGACCAUUGCUAUACCUGCGAGCUGUGGCAUACAGAUGGCUGGUUAGAUGGUUUUAUGGAUAUCUCGGGUGCGAUAAUAGAAGACCAUUACCUGCCUGCAUUUACCAUCACAUAAUGAAAAAAUUUCCAAAUGGAUAA